AUGCUUAGAAAGAUUUUUCUUUUAUUGAUUAUGAUACAUUAUGAGAAGGUUAUAAAAGGUUUUCUUUUAAAUUUUUCAAAAAAAAAAAUAUUCUUUUUGAAUAAUAAAAAAAAUAAAAAUAUUACACGAAAGCAUAUAUUUAGCAAUAUAUAUUGUAUGAAAAAGAUUAAAAAAAAUGAAUUUCAUGACAGAUGCAUAAUAAAAGUUAAAGGAGGAAAUGGGGGUGAUGGUAUAUGUAGUUUUACAGUGUUUUCUCAAAAAAAAAAUAAAAAAUAUGCAUCAGGAGGAAGAGGAGGAAGGGGGGGUGAUGUAUAUUUAGUUGGUAAUAAAAAAAUUGAUAAUUUUUUUAAUUUAAAAUUAAGAGCCUUUUAUUAUGGUGGAAAUGGAAAGAAUGGAAGAAACAACAAUCAAAAUGGAGAAAAUGGAAAAGAUGAGUAUAUAAAUAUUCCAUUAAAUACUAUUAUCUAUAAUGAAGAAAAAAAAUAUAUUAAUUUUAUUUAUAUGAAUAAUCAGAAAAUUUUAAUAUCAAAAGGUGGUAAAGGAGGAAAAGGAAACUACUCCUUCAGAACUAGAAAUUUGAAAAUACCAUUCGUUUGCCAAUAUGGAGAAAAAACAAAAGAAAAAAAAAUAUUUCUAAAAAAAAUAUUCUUUUGUGAUUUUAGUAUCAUUGGAUAUCCUAAUGUAGGGAAAAGUACUCUGUUAAAUAAAAUUACUAGUGCAAAUGUAAAAAUAGCAAAUUAUAGCUAUACAUCAAAAUUUCCUAAUUUAGGAAUAUUUAAAUGUAAUAAAGAUAAAAAGAAAUUAGAAAAAGAUGCUUUUGAUUAUACAGAAGAACAAAAUAUUAAUGAAAAUGACGUAGAUGGAAACGAAAUAAAUGAAAAUGAAAUAAAUGAAAAUGAAAUAAAUGAAAAUGAAAUAAAUGAAAAUGAAAUAAAUAAAAAUGAAAUAAAUGAAAAUGAAAUAAAUGAAAAUGAAAUAAAUGAAAAUGAAACAAAUGAAAAUGAAACAAAUGAAAAUGAAAUUCAAAAUAUAGUAAAAAAUAAUUAUACAAUAAUUGAUUUUCCUGGUAUAAUAAAAAAUUUGAAUGAAAAAAUAAACAACAUAUCAUAUAAGUAUCUUGAACACCUAAAAAAUAGUAAAAUGCUAAUUUAUAUGUUUGAUAUAAAUAAUAAUGAUAUUAUAGAUAAUUAUAAAAAUAUAAAAAGUGUAUUAGUUAAAUAUGAUGAAAAUUUUAAAAAUAAAAAAGAAGUUGUAGUUUUGAAUAAAAUUGACCUAUAUGAAGACAAAGAAAAUAUAAAUUUACUAAUUAAUUAUUUGAAAGAAAAUUUAAAGAUUGAUAGAAUAUUUUGUAUUUCUGCAUUAACUGGAGAAAAUGUUGAAAAUACAAUGGAUGAAUUAAUUUUAAAUAUUGAUGAUAAGAAUACAUUAAAUGAAUUUUUAAAAAUUUUACCUAAGCCAAUUGACAUUGAGAAAAUAGAAAAUAGUGAUUAUUAUGAUCCUUAUGAUUAUAAAAUUUAUAAAUAUAAUGAAAACAUUUACAUAAUAAAAGGGAAAUAUAUAGAAAAUCAAGCAAAUAUUUUCAAUUUUUCAAAGUGUGAUAGCUCAAAAAUAUUUAUGAAAAUAUUAGAUGAUUUAAAUAUAAAUGUGAAAUUAAAAAACAUAGGAGCAAAGGAAGGCGAUAGAAUUAUUGUGAAUAAUUAUUCGUAUAAUUUCGAUAUUAAUUAUUGA